CAAUGACCAAAAGACACACUGCUUCUACUUGUUCGGCAAAUCAGACUGAUGUCACCAGUCAUUCUAUAAAUUUGAGUACACAUGCACCCAUACCACCAAAUAAUGCUCAAGAAUCCCAAGAGGCUCCUUCGCAUACAGAGCAUGUCGAGACCACUGGGCCUUAGGUUGUUCGAGGCCUUAAAAGAACCACAAGAACAUGGGACGUGCAGAUUAGAGUGGUAGACGGCAAUGGAGGAGUGAAGGGACAACAAAUGCGAGCUAUUGAUAUAUUCACUCUUCCUCCGGGUGAGAAAGUUAUUGUGGAUUGGAAUUGUCGAAACCAGCCGAUUGAUAUGUCAGUCGGGUUACUUGCUCAAUUUUUAGUGCACAUUGCAACUAAUUGUACCAACUUCCCUAUUGGCUAUGAUAAGUGGCAAACUGUUCCAGCCUAUUACAAAGAUCAUGUGUGGGAUAACAUCAUAAAGACAAAGUUGGAGGUUAAUGAUGAUGGGCAUAAAGAUUACAUUCUCAAGAGUUUGGCCAAAAAAUGGAGGGACCAUAGGUGUAACUUGUACAAAUCUUUGAAAUGUGACCCCGAUGCUCCCCGCAAAACCAACAUUGGGAGAAUACCUCCUGAAGUUCCCUUGGAGCAAUGGAUUGCUUUUGUGGAUUAUAGGGCUCGACCUGACACAAAGGCAAAAGCAGCUCAAAAUACUACCAACCGUAGCCACCUAACAAUUCCUCACAUGUUGGGUUCAAAAUCAUUUGCUCGAUUGGAAAAUGAAAUGGAAUCUCAACUUGGUCGGCCUGUCACAAGAGCUGAAUUAUUUCAAGUUGGUCAUACCACAUCAGAUGGGUCUUUUGUGAAUGAUGAGGCAAGGCAAAAUCAUGAAGAUCUAGUUGUUCGAUCUCAGUCUUCUUCUAAAAAUGAGGCACAUAUUGGUGUUUUUGGUAAAGAACACCCAGGGUAUGUUCGUGGCUUGGCACUUGGAGUAGUCCCAACUCAGGUGUAUGGGUCAUCGAGUAGUUCGAGCAGUAGGUGCUAUUCGCCAAGGGGUACACAAGCUGAAGUUGAUGCUCUUAGGCAACCUGUCCAUCAAUUACUACAAUGAAUUGAAGUCAAUGAACAACAUAUAGCAAAACUUACCCAACAAUUGGCAAAUCAAAAACAAAAUUGUAUACAUAAUCAGGUUUUUGAUAAAUUUUCAUUUUAAGGUUAUAGUUUCAUAUGAUUGUUAUCAAUCUAUUGUUUAUGUUUGUGCUUCGGAGUUUUGUUUUUAUUUGUUAAUAUUUGAUAUUGGUUUCAUUUUACAAUAGGAAAAUGCAGGGUCCCCAGUUAUUGGGAGGCGUUCGUCACAAUCUAGCCAUUCAGCAAACGACAAACUUAAUUCAAACAAUGCAGGAUGACCACAUAGUGAAAGUUGUAUAAUUUCUUUUUUUUAAUACUUUUUCUACUUGAAAAAAAUGAAAUGUAUGCUUCAUAUGUUAUUUGUUUGAUUGAGUAUGUUCUUUUGGAUCAAUCUAAUAAGUUUGCUUCUUUUUUAUUGUCACAGAGUAUGCUAAGGAUGGCAAGCUCAUUUUAGGAGAUUCGUUGAGGAUGCGGCAACAUGAAAUGACAACAUUAUCUUCAUUUACUGUUUUGUUUAUGUUAGUUGCUUAUCUUAUUAUGACAUUAUGUUUUUGGCUAUUGUUAUCUUCUAUUUGAUGGACAAUUACUAAUUUUCUAUUGUUUCCAUUUCUAUGUUGAACUGUAGUGCUUAUAUGAGAUCUAAACCUCUAUUUUGCUUAACUAGAACUUGUAUUUGAUGGAUCUUUUUAUCUUUUAGUAAUGUUAUGUAUGUGAUUGUUGUUUAUAUAUAACUCUUGAUAUAAGGCAAAUGAAGUGGAAAUUGUCAUGCUCUUGACUUAUUGAUGAUUAGGUAUAUGAAGUUCUUUACAUAUAUAUGUUAUUUAUAUUGUUGAUGAUGCAACUUUAUUAAAUAUCUAUAUACUUGUUUCUAACACACACACACACACACACACAUAUUGUUGAUUAAAUAUAUACUUGUUUGUAAUACAUAGUUGCAGAAGAGAAGGCCAAAGUCAGAAGGGUACAAAAGGUGUGAUUUAUUAGCUAGAUUUAUACAUUUAAUACUUGUUAUAAUUAGUUCAUUGUCAAAAUAACUAAUUAAGGUUUUGCUUGUGUUCUUUUUAUUUAUGAACUUGUUCAUUUGAAUCAAAUUGGGAUGAACUACUUCAUUGAAUGCAAUGUAUCUUGGUAAGCAAAUGA